UUGAGUGACAGAUUCCCCAUCCAUUCAGACAAACAAGACCAACCACUCACCCACCGAUAUGGCAUCCGCCGCGAUCGCUCCGUCGAACUCGCCCGUGUUCUCGCCAUCUAUAUUCUGCAAGACGCCGCCCUUCUCAGGCCUGAGCGUGCCGUCUCUGCCCCCACAGUCUCCGGUGCCACUGAUACUCCAGCCAAGAUGCGGUGCCCCUGGCAAGGACAGGGGAAACUCUGCUAUGGAAAGGAAGAGGCCCCCGAGGAUAGCUGUCCCGGCUGGGUUCUUUGCAGGCGUGACAGACAUGGAGCCGCAGAGAGCGAAGGAGGAGGAGGAGGAGGAGGUCGCAGACGAAGGAGAUGGCUAUGGGGUUUAUUCGAAGAGGGGGAGGAAGAGAGGCCGCUUGGAGGAUCGGUACUCUGCUGUUCUUGGUCUCCAAGGAGAGAGUGAUCAGGCUUUCUUCGGUGUGUUCGAUGGUCACGGAGGAGCAAAAGCUGCUGAAUUUGCUGCAAAGAAUAUGGGCAAGAACAUCAUGGGACAGAUGAGAAAAAGAAGCAAGUCAAGCAUGGAAGAGGCAGUUAUAGAGGGAUACCUCGAAACGGAUGCAAAGUUUUUGGACGAGAACGUUGAUGGAGGUUCGUGCUGUGUCACCGCUUUGAUACGAGAAGGCAAUCUCAUCGUGUCAAAUGCCGGUGACUGUCGCGUAGUUUUAAGCAGAGACGGUACUGCAGAGGCACUCACCUCCGAUCAUAAGGCUUCAGCAGAAAGCGAAAGAGAGAGGAUUGAGGAGUCGGGUGGGUACGUAGAUUAUUGUCACGGUGUUUGGAGGAUACAGGGUUCUUUAGCUGUGUCGAGGGGCAUCGGAGAUAAGCAUUUGAAGCAAUGGGUAAUAGCAGAACCGGAAACAAAAGUCUUACGAAUAGCACCCGAUCACGAGUUCUUGAUAUUAGCCUCCGAUGGCCUGUGGGAUAAGGUUACGAAUCAGGAGGCUGUGGACAUAGUUCGACCUUCAUUGACUGGCUUAGAUAAGCCAAACCCAUUUUUGGCCGCAAAGAAGCUUGCCCAACUGUCCAUCCGAAGAGGCUCUACCGAUGACGUAACUGUCUUAAUAAUCAAGUUAGAUCGAUUCAUCUCGCAGGUAGAUGUUCAGUUUUGUUCCGAACCUGCAACCCGUCCUUUCUGCAGAACUUGUAGCUACAGCAAUCUGGGAUGAUAGUGGUGAUGGAGCUGAUAGAGCCAAUUUUCAAUGUAUAUAAUUACAGAAUCAUACUAGUCUCUUAUUUUCCGUAAUGUAAAUCUUUAAUAAGUAAUGAGAAAAAGCAAGAAAUUUAAGUAAUGAGAAAAAGCAAGAAAUUUGGGCCCGAGGGGGACGAAA